GUAGCCUUGCAGCCUCGUCGGAUCCCUUGCCCGGGUGUGUCUCUCACUCAUUGUUUGCCGCUAUCUUUGCUCCUUACAAGUACAUCUAUCACACGUGAACCUCUCUCGGCGCGCGAACGGGUCCUCCAAGGUACGAAUGACGCCACUUGCGAGAUAGAAUAAAGAGACUUAUAUGCGACCCGUUCUCCUCUACCUAGAACAAAGUCUGCCUUCAUUUCCCAACGACGACCGAGGGACCCUCCGCAGAACCGUCCUCCCUUUUGCGCCACAAUGCCGCUCACGGCGGCCGAAAUCAUUGCCCAUCCAGCCUUUGAUACCGUCGACUGGCACUUGGAACCCUCGAAGUCGGGGUAUUGCGAAGCGGCCAAAGGCAGACACGGUGGUCCCUUUAAGCUUUACUGGGAAAUUCAUGGCAAGGGGGAUAUCAAGUUGGUGUGGAUAAUGGGCCUCGCCGCCUACCGCACCGCCUGGAAACGACAGACCAAGUACUUCGGCCACGACCGGCCGGACAAGUACUCGUGCUUCGUGUUCGACAACCGCGGGAUGGGCCUCAGCGACAAGCCUUCGUGCCUAUAUUCUACAUCUGAGAUGGCUCGCGACGUGAUCGACAUGCUCGAACAUGUCGGCUGGCUACCCGCCUCGUCUGCUGCUUUCGCUGCAUCUCCGCCUCCUCAUCACCAGACAGCAGCCGACACGACCAGCACAAAUACCUCCCCUGGAAAACGAGACAUACACAUCGUCGGCGUCAGCAUGGGCGGCAUGAUCGCCCAGGAACUCGCGCUCCUGAUCCCCCACCACAUCGCCUCGCUGUCGCUGGUGUCGACGGCGCCGCGCAUCGUGCGCACCGUGCCGUUCGUCCAGAACCUGCGCCAGCGCAUCAACAUGUUCAUCCCGCGGGAGAUCGACGUGCAGCUGGAGGAGAUCGCGCACCGCCUCUUCUCCGACGAGUUCCUGGCCCUGCCGGACACGGAGCACCCGGAGCGCAACUUCCCCACCAACCGCGACCGCUUCGCCGCCGGCGAGCUGCAGAAGCGCAUGGACAAGGACGGCUUCACCAGGAAGGGCUUCAUGCUGCAGGCCAUCGCCGCGGGCUGGCACCACAAGUCCGCCCCGCAGAUCAAGAAGAUGGGCGACCUCGUGGGCCGGCACCGGAUCGCCGUCGUCCACGGCACCCUCGACCGCAUGAUCGACUUUCACCACUUUGAGAUGCUGAGGGACGAGCUGUCCGACGGCGAGCAGAGUUCAGAGGGGUCGUCGUCCUGCACGUUCCGGGUCUGGGAGGGCAAAGGCCACGUCUUGGUCUGGGAGGUCGAAGACGAGUUCAACCCGUUCUUGCAGGAGAGGUUCGACACGUGCGCUGGUCUCGGGAGCUGAUUUCGAAAGCGGAUCCCAUCAUGGCGCAACUACUGUUCGAGGCGUUUCAGGUCCCGCUGGUAUAUCGAGGUUCAGAAUCAGCGCCCUCCGCAACCAGGAGGACCGGGUUUAGAGCAAUUGCACUACUACAUAAAUACCCUACAGCAAGACGGAGAGGAGUUCAGGGGAGUAUUAUAAUGCUGCGUAAGGAAGGACGAAUGACAGUAGAGCAAAACCCUUUCCCGCCUCUCACGCCUCUAGAUCGGGUCGACAAGUCGACAGGUGUUAGAGGCUUUAUCAGUAGCAGCGAGACUCGGAAUUUACAUUGUGAGGGUUCUUAUAGACGGGGUAGGAUGAUCUCACGAGAAGACAAGAGAUGAGGGGAGGAUAGUGACCAACAGAACACAGCGGUGAAGCAACUCGAGAUUCU